AGAUUUUGUACAUCUUCACCAACUCGUGACGAUGAUAACCAACCGAGAAGAUACAAUGAUGACAAUGAUAAAGAGCGAGAAAAAACUCGUAGUCGUUUCUUACCCAUCAAUUUCACUGAAAAGGAUUUUGCAAUGAGACCACUUCUGAGUGAACGAGUGAAAACAAAUAGCUCUUUCCUGAAUGAUGGGGACUCAAUGGGUUUGGACCAACAGAUAAGCUUUGAUAAAGUUGGCGGUUUGGACGGUCAUAUUGAGUCUUUGAAAGAGAUUAUUAUACUGCCGUUGCUAUAUCCAGAGCUUUUUUCUCGUUUUGGUAUCAAAGCAUCUAAAGGUGUUUUGUUCCACGGGCCUCCAGGUACUGGCAAAACGCUAGUUGCGCGUGCUUUGGCUAACGCCGGUUCUGUGAAUGGAAGGAAAAUCGCCUUUUUUAUGCGCAAAGGAGCUGAUAUUUUAAGUAAAUGGGUUGGGGAGUCUGAAGAUCAACUACGGCAACUUUUUGAACAAGCUUAUCAAAUGCGUCCAGCUAUUAUAUUCUUUGAUGAAAUAGACGGGCUAGCUCCAGCUAGAAGUGGAAAGCAGGAUCACAUUCAUACGUCAAUAGUUUCAACCCUCUUAGCUUUGAUGGAUGGGCUCAAAAAUCGUGGCGAUGUUAUUGUAAUUGGUGCUACAAAUAGAAUUGAUGCGAUUGAUCCGGCUUUGAGACGCCCUGGUCGUUUUGAUCGAGAGUUAAAGUUCAGUUUACCCGACAGGAAUGCACGUUACGCUAUUUUAAAAAUUCACACCGCUAGUUGGAAAUCGAAUAUUUUGGAUGAAAAUUUAAAGUGGAUCGCGGACAAUACCCCGGGGUAUUGUGGGGCAGAUCUUGAGUUCCUUUGUACCGAGGCUUUCCUUUCUGCACUACGUACUCAGUUCCCGCAAAUCUAUGUUAGCGAGAAAAAGUUGGAGAUUAAUGCUGAAGCGGUUGCAGUGGAUAGGCAUCAUUUUGAAAGCGCUAUGCGGCGAGUAGUACCGGCUUGCAGAAGAGAUUUUACUGUCCCCACUCGAAAUUUGAAUGACCGAGUCGGUUUGCUGUUGAAACCGACUGUCGAGGAAAUUAUGAAAGAUUGUAUCCCUCACGGUUAUCGUUGUUCAUCUAGUGAGAACCAGCAAGCUAUUGAGAUGGAGCAAGUAGUACGUCGCUUCAGUGUUGCACAUGCAGUCCCUCCAUGUCGUCUUCUUGUUUCUGGAAAGUGUGAAAGCAUGGGACAGACGUCAUAUGUAUUGCCGGUGCUGCUGAAUAAUCUUGGGCAUUUGUCUAUCUUCUCAUUAUCAGUGGCGAAACUUUUUCGGGGAGGAUGCAUGGAAGAGACUUUUACCGAAGCAAUUCAACAAGCAAUUAGUUCGUCUAGUAGGGGUACUCCUGCUCUACUGGUAAUUCCCUCAAUUGAUGUUUGGUACCGAACUGUACCUCUCUCCUUAUGGCAGUUGGUUUGUUUUUUGUCGUCUUUAAUCUCCACUUUGAUUUUAUUCUUAUUUGAAGUUUUGUGGUUUUACUGUAGUACUUUUCAGGUUCAAGAGCUUUUCCGUCCACGCCAAAUACGAGAAGUUGAGCCGCCAAAAGAAGAACUAAAAUUACAAUAUUUUAAUCAAGUAAUUGUUGAACCAUCCCUGAAAGAACCGCAAGUUUUUGAUGGUAGGUUCUUUCCUCUUUCGGUCUUCUUCAGCGGCUUCUUUUUCCUCAUCUUCAUUUCUUUUCGCAGCUGCCAUUUAUCCCGAAAUACCCAUUGCUGCCGAAACGAAUGUCUUGUUCUAUUAUUUUUAAAACAGAGUUUUCCAGCUGAAUGGCCACAUUUAUCGAAUUUCUUUACAGUACGUUUUAUUCGGGAUAGAAGGUUCAGCUAUUUCGAAGUUGCUGUAGAUUCUGAAGAAGUGCCUGACUAUUAUGAUGUGAUUAAGCAGCCUAUGGAUUUGUCAACUAUGCUUGACAAAGCUAACUUAUACAAAAGCCCUGAAGAUUUUUUGGCAGAUUUCGCACUUAUUCGUGAUAAUGCGCUGGAGUAUAAUUCUUAUACUGAUUCUGAGGGCCGCAUUAUUCGGCAGAUGGCUAAAGCCUUGUAUCAUAAGGGCGAACGUGCCUAUCAUGAGAUCGACAGUUCUUUCUUGCGGAAACUUCAGGUAUACUAUCUUUUGCUCCGUUAUUUAUGCUUUCUUAUUGUUGUCGUUAAAAUUGGUUUAACUUUUUCGUUACACUGUAACUUUGUAGGAAACAGAGAAAGUUCUUCUCUUAUUGGCUACAUGUUUUGUUGUCGCAUUAAUCUUUUGAUUAGUUAUUCUAAAAAGGGUAUUUUUUUCAGCUGCAAUGAAGCAAUCGAUUUGGCCACGGAAGAAGCGAGUGGUGAGGACGCCGAAAACGUUUCGGAUGAUGUGCAAAGGAAGGAUAAGGCGGAGCAAGACGUUAGUCCUGUUAAUAUUACUUCUUGCUCAUAUUGGGAAUUGGAGCUUUUGGCUAGUGAGUUGUCGGCAGCAGUAGACCGAUUUUCAGACAAGUGGAAUAGGGAAGAGUUGCCUAACGUUUUGACUGCAAUUAUCAACAUUUGGGAUUUUGACGCGGAGUCUUCGAGCCGAGAGGAUGAAGAUUAG